AAUCACUUGUUGGGUCAACUUCUGGGAUUAUAUCGCCCAUCGACAUAGCAAUCUUGCUGCUCAAGGGCAUCCACUCUCUUUACUCUCGCCUUUUCCGCACGUCCACAUGUUGGUCCAUAACCGCUCCUUCGCCUCUUCACUUCCAAAUACUUCUUUACACUAGAUACCGGCGCUAUGCACUCGCUUUUUGUUCGAUCUACUUUGUGCUAUAUUUACUCAUUUGUAUUCAACCUUUCUCGCGUAUCACCGCGCGACACGGACAUACACAUCUUCGAUUCUCUGGUUUUUUUUGCGAUCGUUAUUUACCAUAGGUUCCCUGGCAUGCAAGUAAAUUAUUAG